AUGGUGCUCUCCAAACAGCAGUACAAUGCCAUCAGCCCUUUUUACAACAUACAGUUACACAUUUCCCAUAAAGGAGCCAGAGCACGUAAAAGACGGCUGGAUGAUUCCUAUUUCGAUGAGACCUGCGAGACCCCCCUGAAAAGAAAAUUUUCCCUGGAUCAGGGAUGCUUUUCUGUGGACGUCCUAACUGGAGUCCAGGAAUGGAGACCUAUGCAGCCAUUAAAAUCAAAAGCCAUCACACUGCCUCGGUCAAAGGUCAAUCAGCCUGUGACCCCUGUCGUGUCAGUCCCUCUGUCCAAGUGCAAACAGAACUGGAUAGAUCAAGGUCGGGAGAGCCGGUCUCCCUCCCAGAUUCUGGCUCUUAAAUGGGACAGAGAGGUUCCUGUGGUUGAGAUAUCAUUGCGUGCAUCUCUAAAUUUUGAUAUUUGCAGUUCGGUUUCUUUAGAUGGCUCUCAGGGGCCUGUGAAAGAUGAGGUCCAGGAGGUUUUGUGUGAUCUUAUUCCAGUCUGUGAAUCAAAAUCCCACAUCGCACCCCCAGAAACUGUUGUCCCGGUGAAAGAGGAGGAUGGAGUGUCUGUCAGUCAACAGGCAGAGCCCAAGGUGACUCUGGGAAAUGAAGAAACCACCGCAGAGAGCUUUGAGAGUGCACAGGUCCAGGUGAAGUCUGAGGUGAUUGAUCCAGACAACACAAAGACCACCAGCAAACCUCUGGUGUUUUAUGAAGAGGAGUGGGAGAGACGGAAGAAGACAUACGUUGACUCUGUAAAAAGACAUAUGAAAGAAAAAGGAGCAGCAAACGGUACCGCAAUUAUCAAAACACUAUGAUUUCUGUCUCGCUCAAGUUGUGUAAUUUGUGUGUGCCAAACCUGUAAAAAGAACAUUCCCCCUGUUGCUGUCCAGCUGGCAAUGAUGCUCCAA